CUGGAGCAAACCACACCCGCUUUGAACACAGCAUUGGGUGUCUUGGCAAAAUUCUUCUGAUCGUGGAGAGCCUCAGCAAGCUUUGAGAAAUGAACAUUAUCCAACCAACGGUGACAUUUCCAGAUUAAAUUUUAAAGCUAUGCAGAUGAAAUAUGAUUGUCUUUAGAAGCAUGUAAACAGAAAACUCACUCUGUUUUUUUUUUGUGCUUGCAGCCCACAGCUCUGGAACUUUUGUAAAAGUAUUAUAAAGCGAAACGCAGUAUGUUGUAAAAUAAUAAAAGCAAUCCACUGCCCAUUCAUGGACGAAGAUUUUAAUAACUUCUUUUGAGAACAUGAGCUUUUCUUUAUUUAUUUAAAAUCUUGUUAGGAUUGCUGUCUUUCUUUUCAGCUCUCUAUAAACUCUACUUUUGUUAGUGAGCCUAUAUUCUUCUCUUUUAUAGAUGAAUACAUUUUCCAUUUAGAGAACAAACAAGGGAGUAAAAAAGUUAUAUAUUUAGGUUAUCAAUUGGGUUUCUAUAUGAAUGUCCUUGUUGAUGUUCCUCUUUUUGUCAUUUUGCCAGAUGUUUAAUGAUCCCAUCCAUGGCAGUGUGGDKCUCCCUCCGCUGCUCGUCAAGAUCAUCGACACGCCUCAGUUUCAGCGACUUCGAAACAUUAAACAGCUCGGAGGGAAGAGUUAUGUUUACCCUGGAGCAAACCACACCCGCUUUGAACACAGCAUUGGGGUGGCUUAUUUGGCUGGAGAAGUUGUUAAGUCUCUGAGAGAGAGGCAGCCAGAACUGGACAUCACUGAGCGUGACGUCCUUUGUGUGCAGAUUGCUGGACUCUGCCAUGACCUGGGACAUGGACCAUUUUCUCAUAUGUAUGAUGGUAUGUUUAUACCUGAAAUGCAGCGAAUGCGCAAUGACCAAGACAAUUCAUGGAAACAUGAGACUGCCUCUGUACAGAUGUUUGACUAUCUGAUGAGAAAAAAUAAUUUGAAUCGGGACCUGAGCGUGAUGGAUCGGACUUUUAUCAGGGAGCUGAUCAAUCCAGAAACUCAUGCUCCAAGUAGAACGAACUGGCGCUUCAGAGGCCGUGGUGAGGACAAGUCGUUCCUCUAUGACAUCGUCUCCAACAAAAGGAAUGGCAUCGAUGUGGAUAAGUGGGAUUAUUUUGCCAGAGACUGCCAUUAUUUGGGUAUGAAGAACAGCUUUGACUAUCGCCGCCUAAUAAUAUUUGCCAGGGUGUGUAAAUGGAAGGGUAGGAAGGAGAUCUGUUUCAGAGACAAGGAAGUGUCCAAUCUGUAUGACAUGUUUUCCACAAGAUACACUCUAUUCAGACGAGCUUGUCAGCACAAAGUUGGCAACAUCAUAGAACGGAUGAUCACAGAUGCCUUUGUGAAAGCAAAUGAAUACAUUCAGAUUCAAGGCUCUGGUGGAGAAAUCUGCGAUCUGUACACUGCUAAAAGCAACAUGAAGGCCUACACCAAUCUGACAGAUAAUGUAUUUGAGCAGAUACUGAACCACCCUGAUGAGCAGAACAUGAGAGAGGCAAAGGAAAUCCUGCGCAGACUCUCUAACCGAGACCACUACAAGUGUCUGGGGGAAUUUUCUUCCACAAAAUCCAAAGAUGAAAUCAACGAAAUCAAAGCUGAAUGGGAAGAAGAAUUGAGUCAAAACAUUCCACGAGGUGGCACACCAAAUGUGCAGCCAGAGGACUUUGUGGUUGAUGUAAUUAAACUAAACUACGGGAGGGGCAGGAGCGACCCAAUGGACUAUGUGCAUUUCUACCGAAAGACUAAUCUGAAUAAAGCCAUCAAACUGAAAAAAGAAGACGUAUCUUACCUCCUUCCAGCAGAAUUUGAAGCAACAACAAUCAGAAUCUAUGGCAAGAAGACAAAUGACCAGACUCUGGUUCCUGACAAGCAGCAUUUUAAUAACUUUAAGACCAAACACGACAACUUCCCAUAGAGACAUAUACGUCUUUAUGUUGCAUUUGACAGUAACAUCUAAAUCAGUGUGUGGUGUGAUAGAAAUGAUUUCUGUUUUAGUUACAUUUUCAUAUCCCAGAAUUUAACAAACUGAUUUAAAUUUUUAAAGAUUUGGCUCAUUCUCAAAAACCUAUGACCAGCUGUAGUUGUAGCUCAAUUUGAAUAAAUUAAAUCAAAGGAGUUUAAAUUAUGGCAUAUGUGAAGCUUAAGAUAUUCAAUGCAUAACACACAAUUCUUUGCAAAAUGCCAGCUUGAUGUCUAAGAAAAAUCUUUUUUAAAAAGUUGCUACAUGCUGAUAAGAAAACAAAAAUGAUUACAAAUAUAUAUUUAUUAGACUUACUAUUAGAUUAUCAUUAGUCUUGAAAUACUUCAAUAUAACAGGAAUUUCCCUACAUGAUGUUGAUGAAUAGAAAGUUACACAUAAUUUUGGUUUAUUGGUUAAAAAUCUUACAUAUAAUCAUAAAUAAAUCUAUAUAAAUGGUGACUAUAUUUUUUUUCAUGUGAAAGGUGGGGCAGGUAGUUAUAAAUUGUGUGUGCUCUGAACUCUCUUAAAUAUUUGUCUUUAUGAUAACCUGUAAAAUGAAGAUGACAACAAUUAUAGAGUUUUUUUUAUAGAGAAUAAAAUAAACUUGGUAUUUUAGACAAAGUGCAGAAAUAAUAUUGAAAAAAAUGGUCUAAAUCGUUGGGAGAAGGUUUUUGUUAAUUUUAAGUAAUAUUUUUCUAUUCAGGGCAGGUGUUAAUCAGCGCGAUUUAAAUACAUUGAUAAAGAAAAUGGAAAUAAUUCACAUAAGGGAUUAGAAUGCAUCGAUUCCUAUUGGGAGACUUUUGCUAUAAGAAAUAAAGCUGUUCACCUUUUAAAAAUGUAAUUAAUUGAUCUGUUUAGUUGGACUUUAUUUAGGUUUAUUUAGUCAAGUUUUGAAAUUUAAGAAAUUAAAUAUUUUCACAUUCAGAAAAUUUUUGUUUAUUAAACUUGAUUUUCAUAGUGGUGAAGGUAACAUCUUUUCAAAGACUGAAUUAAGUUCUGUUUAAAUGACUUUAAACUUUUGGAUGAAACUUUGUGAUUUACUUUGUUGAACAUAAGAGGGCAUAAAUCUAACAAUCAAUGACAUAAAUUGGAGACAAAAAAGUUGCAGUUCUGUUGUUUUCCAUAGACACUAAUGAGCUCAGAGGCUUCAACUAUGUAUAUUAGCCUGAUUAUUAGCAUAUACUCAAUUGAAUGAAAAUUUAUUACUUUUUGUGGCUUAAAGCUCAUAAUCAAAAACAGAAAGUAGAAAGUUUACUUGGAUUCGCUCUCCCUAUACUUUUUAUAGGAAUAUUUUAUAAUUUCUCACUCUUUCAGUAAAGUUCUUAAUUGUACAUGUUUGAUGAAAUCUAAACUACAGAUAUUUACAAUCAAAAUAAAAUAAAAUUGGUCUUUACAUCAUUAGUGUCUCAUUCAUUCUGCUGUGCAGCUACACAGAAAGUAGAUCAUAUCCACCUCACUUCUGUUUUAAACAUAAUCUUCUGCAAAUUG